AGAAAGGGAACCGACAUAGUCUUGGAAAAAAGCUUGCAGGAACCCCAUUUUUCAUUAUAUCUUCCUCAAAUUUGAAAUAUAAACUGAUGAGACUUGUGGCUUUCAAUCCUUUACGUAAUUGGAUUCCUCCAGGUCUAUUUUUAUAUAUUUGUACAUGAAAUAAUAAAACAUUUUUUGAAGUUCACAUUAUUUAUGAGGCACUUCAACUUUUAUAACUUUUUAUUUGUUUGAGCAUUAUCAACUCUGAUUUGUUGUUAGUAGAGUGCCAAGUGUCUUCUUUCCAAAGAGACCUUAAUUGUGCCUGUGGUACACUGUUCUCAGGAGCUAUAUUUAUUUUAAUUCAGGUAUGUCAUUUUCAGCUGUGAGCCCCUGAGUGGGGGUGCAGGUUAACAGGUUAAGUACCGGUCGUCUCUCAGAUAAGUUGCUCAAGGGAGUGUUUGCACCUCAGCUAGACGGAGGUAGCUGUGAGAGCUUAAAGUCGGAGAAACCCAUGGACACUACAGCACCACCGAUUGGCAAUGAUCGCACAGAACAGGGUUCAGUCAGUUCUGGAGUUGUUUUCACAAUGGGCACUCCUGAAUAUAUACACACACCUCCUCACACAGCUCGAAUAAGACGCUUCUCAGUGGGCACUUCCAGUCCAACAAGCCCUGGCUGGACCUACAGUAACUUGCACGAGGCAUGUGGCUCACCCAACAGCCUGCACUACGGUUACACAGAUGCCAUGGCAACAAACCUGUUGGGGGGUGUGGCCUUCGUACCCCCUGAACUACCAGAGGAGACACUUAUGGAGGAGGGACAAACAGACUUGUUGAGUCAACUGCGCUUCAUUCUAGCCUUUACCCAUUGCAUUACUGAGGUCGCUGGAACAAAGGAUAGUGGGGUUGAGAGGAAUCUGGCAGUUAAUGCUUCAUUCUUAGAGCAGAGUGUUGUGUCUGACCAGAUCAGCCAGCUGAGCCGUGAGUGGAGCUCUGCAGAGCAGCUGGUCCUCUAUAUGAAGUGUGCUGAGCUGCUGUCCUCUGCUUUACAUACAGCGAAGGAUGGGAUUAAUGAAGGCAAACUUUACCCUUCAGGAUCUGUAAAACAAAUGGUACGCAAGCUGAACGAGCUGUAUAAGGAAUGUGUGAGCUCUUGCCGCUCUCUCGACGAGAAAUUACAGCUCUUCUUCAGCAGCAAACAAAGACUGAUGGACCGCAUGAACAGCAUUACUGCUGAAAGACUCAUUUACACGCACACCAUUCACAUGGUACAGACUGCAGCACUGGAUGAAAUGUUUCAUCAUGGAGAAACCUCUGUAGAGCGAUACCAUAAGGCCUUACUACUGAUGGAGGGACUGUCCCUAAUCAUUACAGAAACUGCAGACCUGAAAAAUAUCAACAAAUGCAAGCAGUGUAUUGAGCAACGUCUCUCCUCCCUCCAGCCCAGAGCAAAUGUGUGAUCAGUUUUGUAUGAACAUUUGUUUUUCUCUACAUUCGAAUUGCCAUUAGAAUUUCCAUAAAGGGAAAGAAUGUACUUCUUGACUCCAAAAGUAAAGCCAUAUAAAUACUAGACAGGGACUAAAUCUCUAUUGGUAUAUGUAUUAUCCUGAUAUGUAUAAUUAUAUAUUAACAUAUUUAAGGAUGUGAAGCAUCUGAGAAAUUACAUUGGCUGACUUACAGAACUAUAUUUUCAAAAGUCAAAAAGAAAGUCAAAAGUCAAAUGUGUAGGCAAAUCAACCAUCAAUGACAUUACUUUUUGUACUAAAGCAGUAAAGCCAGUGUUGGGGGCUGUAUGAGCAACAGCUUGGAUCCUCUUUAUUAAAUUGUACUAAAACAUGCUUAGAAUGUUAGUCUCAUUAAGGAACAUAGAUUUAAAGGUCUUUGCCUGUAUGUUUUUGCAUGAUUCUGAGGAAAUGAUAUGGAAAUGUUAUCUACUGUAUCUGAAGGAAUACAUACAUCCUUUUAAACCUCUGUAGCCACUGCCCUUUUGAACAGCAAAACAACAUCUGUUGGUGGUAGAUGGGUAGUUUGUCAGUGUUACAACUACAGAGGUACAGUUCUAAUGUGGCAAUUGACCAAAACUGUGGCAAAAACUUUGUUGACCUACUUGGCCUACUUAUUAAGACUGCUUCAUAUGUCAUCAUAUGAAGGUGAAAGAAAUAAUUGAGAUUUGUAUUAUAUGAACUAUCAUACUGUUAUUCAUGUGUAUGUAAACGGUGAAGCACUUUAUAAACCUAAUUGUCUUUUGGAUUCCUGAAAGUAACCACUGAGGAGGAGACCAACCUGCAGUGUCAUUUCUGUCUAAAUAGCAUUGGCUAAGUCAAAGGAUAUGCAAUAAGACAAUAGUCAAUAUCUUAUACGUAGCAUUUUGUAUUUAUUAUAAUCUGUUUUAGAUGUGUCUGGAAUGUAAAUAUUUAUUCAGUCGAUGAGUGCAAGUGAUGUUUUAGUUUACAGUUUGCUCCUGAACACUGUUCAGAAGUAAGAGUUUAAAGUUAAAGCUUUAAACUUCUAGGUGUUCAUCUUUUCCAGUACAGGGCUUUUGCACAUUUUGUUUGUAGUGAUUUGAUUGGCCGCUUUAGCUGAAUAGCCUUGUGACUCAUACUUUUCAAAUGUACUCUGUAUGUUUUGUAAGGUUUGUUCAUUACUGCACUAUUUUUGCAUCACCAAGAUGUCUACCAAACCGUUUAGGAUGACGAUAACUCUUUAAAGGAUCUUGUUUUACUUUUUCCUUAUCUUAUGGUAACAAGGUUAUCUUAUCACAGUGUUUUAAGGCAUUUAGUCUGAAUUGCUUAUGGUAAAAUUAACUUGAAUAAACUUUGAGGAAUGCACAGCAAACUCUAUGAAAUGAAUGUUAAAUUUAGGUAAAUUAACCAUUUUGUAUAUUUAUUUUGUUUACAAUAUCUAUGAUGUGUUUUUAUUUUUGUCUUUUUAUUUCCUAUUCAGAGCAGUCAAAACAAAAUAAUUGCAGGAAGCAUGUAUGUGAUAUG